CGGACACCGAACACCGCAUUCGACCCACACGCAAACUGCACCGGACAAAUGCAAUUGGUUGCGAGGUGGACGUCGGUGAUUCCGCAAUAAUACACAGGCAAAGCAGGCUAGGACUGUGCUACAAGACAGCCGCAUGUUUAAACUAUCCGACUGUAAAGAUUACUCGAGCUUCGUCGCAUAAACAGUAAGAGGGCGGAUAUUUACGUCGUCAGUGCUAUGAAUUUUCCGUCGAGGGUUUCUGGGGAGAGCGAGCACAGCGCUACCGGCGAAAUCAAGCCACAUCCGAAUUGUUAGCUUAGCUUCGGUGGCUAUUUAGCACCGUAGCCGUUAAUUCGGCCACUCGUAGCAGGCACCUGCUCGCUGUUGCUCUGUGUUAAACCCAUAUACACUCAGUUCCGGGGUGAAAAGCGUCCAAGUGUAUUCAUUUUAGUAGUUAAAAAAAAAUAAAAGCGAAGAAAGACCCUGUAAGGUCGAGGUCGGAACGGAACCCAUAUAGGCAAACGGGUGUCCUCGAGUGGCCGUUCAUCAUGGACAACGCGCACACAAAGACGGUUGAAGAAGUUUACAGCUUUUUUAACGUGAACGAGAGCACUGGCCUGAGCUCGGAGCAAAUCAAGAAACAACGGGAGCGUUACGGACCCAACGAGUUGCCAGCAGAGGAGGGCAAGUCCCUCUGGGCGCUCGUUGUUGAACAGUUUGAAGAUCUCCUAGUAAGGAUCCUGUUACUGGCUGCCUGCAUAUCCUUUGUUUUGGCCUGGUUUGAAGAGGGGGAAGAAACAGUAACUGCCUUUGUGGAGCCUUUUGUGAUCCUACUUAUUCUCAUAGCCAACGCUGUUGUAGGGGUCUGGCAGGAGCGAAAUGCAGAAAAUGCAAUUGAAGCCCUUAAGGAAUAUGAGCCAGAAAUGGGAAAGGUCUACCGUCAGGAUAGGAAGAGUGUCCAGCGAAUCAAGGCCAGGGAUAUUGUACCCGGAGACAUUGUGGAGGUUGCAGUUGGUGAUAAAGUACCUGCAGACAUCAGGCUGACAUGCAUCAAGUCAACCACAUUGAGAGUCGACCAGUCAAUUCUAACAGGAGAAUCUGUGUCUGUUAUCAAACACACUGACCCAGUGCCAGACCCCCGUGCAGUCAACCAAGACAAGAAGAACAUGCUCUUUUCUGGCACUAACAUUGCAGCUGGUAAGGCUGUCGGUGUGGUCGUUGCUACAGGUGGAAACACUGAGAUUGGUAAAAUUCGUGACGAAAUGGCUGCAACGGAGCAAGAACGCACGCCAUUGCAGCAAAAGUUGGAUGAAUUUGGACAGCAGCUAUCUAAAGUUAUUUCACUGAUCUGCAUUGCUGUGUGGAUCAUCAACAUUGGACAUUUCAAUGAUCCUGUCCAUGGGGGUUCUUGGAUCCGUGGGGCUGUUUACUAUUUCAAGAUUGCUGUGGCUCUAGCAGUGGCAGCGAUACCUGAAGGCCUGCCUGCCGUCAUCACCACUUGUCUGGCUUUAGGAACACGACGCAUGGCCAAGAAGAAUGCCAUUGUCCGCAGUUUACCCUCUGUGGAGACCCUUGGUUGUACAUCUGUCAUCUGCUCUGACAAGACUGGCACACUGACGACCAAUCAGAUGUCUGUAUGCAGGAUGUUUAUCAUUGACCAAGCUGAUAAUGGUCAUUGUUCCUUAAAGGAAUUCAGUGUUACUGGCUCUACAUAUGCUCCAGAUGGAGAAGUGUACCAUGAUGGCAAGAAAGUAAAAUGUUCCAAAUAUGAUGCUUUAGUGGAGCUGGCCUCUAUUUGUGCUCUCUGUAAUGAUUCCUCAUUAGACUACAAUGAGACCAAAGGUUUGUAUGAGAAAGUGGGUGAGGCUACUGAGACGGCUCUCACAUGCCUGGUGGAGAAGAUGAAUGUGUUUGACACAGAUGUUAAAGGCCUUUCCAAGAUUGAGAGGGCAAAUGCCUGCAAUUCAGUUAUCAAGCAGCUAAUGAAGAAGGAGUUCACAUUAGAAUUCUCCAGAGACAGAAAGUCCAUGUCUGUGUACUGCACCCCCAACAAAAUUCGAUCAUCUGCAGGCAAAAUGUUUGUUAAGGGUGCCCCAGAAGGAGUGAUUGACAGGUGCACGCACGUUCGUGUAGGUGGCAAUAAGGUGCCCAUGACCCCCGGCAUCAAGGAAAAACUCAUGGCUGUGAUCAGAGAGUAUGGAACUGGCCGGGACACCUUGCGCUGUCUUGCUCUCGCUACGCGGGAUGAACCCUUGAACAAGGAGGACCUAGUGUUAGAGGACUCCACCCGAUUUAUAGACUAUGAAACUGACCUGACCUUCGUGGGCUGUGUCGGCAUGCUAGACCCUCCCCGUGCAGAAGUGGCAGCUUCCAUUCGACUCUGUCGUCUUGCAGGCAUCAGAGUAAUUAUGAUCACUGGAGACAACAAAGGUACAGCAGUUGCAAUUUGCAGACGCAUUGGCAUUUUUGGAGAAGACGACGACGUCGGCAGCAUGGCGUUCACGGGCCGAGAGUUUGACGAUUUGAGCCCUUUUGCGCAACGAGAAGCCGUGGUUAAGGCUCGCUGCUUUGCCCGCGUGGAGCCGUCCCACAAGUCCAAGAUUGUCGAGUAUCUGCAGUCCUAUGAUGAGAUUACAGCUAUGACUGGUGAUGGAGUGAAUGAUGCCCCUGCUCUUAAGAAGGCAGAGAUUGGAAUUGCCAUGGGUUCUGGCACAGCAGUUGCAAAGACAGCCUCUGAGAUGGUGCUUGCUGAUGACAACUUUGCCACUAUUGUGGCUGCAGUUGAAGAAGGCCGAGCCAUUUACAACAACAUGAAACAGUUCAUCAGAUACCUAAUCUCCUCUAAUGUGGGCGAAGUUGUCUGCAUCUUCCUGACGGCUGCCCUCGGCUUCCCUGAAGCUCUUAUUCCAGUUCAGCUGCUCUGGGUCAACUUGGUGACUGACGGUUUGCCGGCCACCGCACUGGGCUUCAACCCGCCAGACUUGGACAUCAUGAAUAAGCCUCCCCGCAAUGCUCGUGAGCCUCUCAUCUCAGGGUGGCUCUUCUUCAGAUACCUAGCAAUUGGAUGCUAUGUAGGCGCUGCAACUGUGGGUGCUGCUGCCUGGUGGUUUGUUGCUGCCGAAGAUGGACCAAGGAUCACAUUUUACCAGCUGAGCCACUUCCUGCAGUGUGGUCCAGAAAACACACACUUCGAGAAUAUUGACUGUAAGGUGUUUGAGUCUCCUUAUCCAAUGACCAUGGCCUUGUCAGUGUUGGUCACCAUUGAGAUGUGCAAUGCUCUGAAUAGUGUAUCUGAGAACCAGUCUUUGCUGCGUAUGCCGCCCUGGGAGAACGUGUGGCUGCUGGGAGCAAUCUGUCUAUCUAUGUCCCUCCACUUCCUCAUCCUGUAUGUGGAGCCUCUUCCGAUCAUCUUCCAGAUCACACCUCUAAAUCUGACCCAGUGGUUGGUGGUGCUCAAGAUCUCGCUGCCGGUCAUUUUAUUGGACGAGGUUCUAAAAUUUGCAGCUAGGAACUACCUGGAGCCGGGUAAAGAGCUGGAGAAGGCCACCAGCUCGGAAGGCUGUUACCUGGCUGCAUGCAUGGAAGGCAUCUCCUGGCCCUUUGUGGCCCUCACCCUACCCCUAGUCCUCUGGAUCUACAGCACCGACACUAACAUGGCCGACAUGUUAUGUUGCUGACUGACUUGAGCACAACCUCGACUUUUCCAUCACAGCCAUCACUCCCCCAUGCCCUCCUUUCGCUCCCCUACCCCAUUUAUCCCUCUCUGCCCACCUCUACGUGCGUAGCUUGUGUGCGUGUGUAUUGUUUUUGAAUUAGUGUGUGUGUAUGAGAAAGAGGAGGCGCAAUUGAAACACAUUAAGUGCUCUUGCACUUCAUAAUCUAAAUUCACUUUGAAGAGUCACCUGUUUUGAGUUGGCUUUAAACCUUUAACUGAACAUCACUCACGUAAACCUGGACUAGGUUAUUUGACAAUUGUCAUUUUCCACUUUAAUUUUUAAAUUUAAUCGCCAUGCCUUUUUAAGCUUUAUAUCGCUUGUUUUUGUAAGUGUGUUAUCAGUCCAGUGUCACUACAGUACGGUAACUAUUAUUUCACACAACUUCCCUAUGAAAAGAAAAUUGAGGAAUCAAGAAAAAUGUGGAUCUGUACAGAGAUUGAACACUAUUUUAUGCAAUUUUUUUUAUGGCUUUAUAUAUUUGUUGGACCAGCGUGGCUUAGACGUACCGCCUUGAUUUUUCUUUUCUGAUGUUUACCAUUGUGUCUUCAGUGUAAACCUUUUUUUCAGAGGACAAGCAACUUGUGGCAGACGAACGAGGGAGAGGUUUGGGAGUGAAUGUUGGAAUGUGCCGAUUAGAUGGGUGGGGGCAAUGUUCCAUUAAAAAAAAUGCAUGUCCUGUGACCAAGCAUGACCUGUAUGUGGUUGCUCAUUUCUAAUUUGUAUGUCCCUUGAGCCCCAACUGUAAGACUAGAAGUUAUUGUUAUGGAUUAUUUUCAUUACUGCUAUGAUUUGAAAGUCAUUUUUUUCUGCACUGGGAAGAUCACAGCUACCUCAAUGUGAUACAAAGGUUUUGUUUGUUCCCCUUUUAAUCUCUGGAUGCUUACCCCCAGUCUUUAUCCCCAGUGACAUCUGAGGUGUGACACCCCCCAAGCCCCACCCUACCCUACCCGGAAUUUCUUGUGCAGAAAAUGGAACGAUCUUUCUUCUCACCAUUUUUGAAAAAUACUCAGUUUGUGCGUUGUUUUUUAACAUCCAUUAAUUUAAUUGUUUUGCUUUAGUGACCAAGUAGUUCAAGAUUGUUCAUUACUAUCUUGAAGGUGUUUGAUUCAAAGGACAAUAUUAAGAAGCAACUAAAUGAUGAUUUCAAAGGAAUAUUACAAACUUUUUUUUUUUUUUUUUUUACAUCAAGAAAAAAAAUAUACUCCUGAACCCUUUGAAUCAAAGUGUUUGUCAUUAUUUGAACAUAACUUGUAUGUGCAAAGUAUAAUUGAUUUCCACUUAAGAAUGCUUGGCUUUUAGAUAUUGGUUGGACUAUUAAUAUUUACUUGGCGUGAACAUGUUUGAGUGGCCGUCCAGUUAACCGCAAUAAUACUGUUGGCGAGACGUUGAAAGCAUGUUAGUGGUGAUAGAAGCCUGGAUGUGUUUGUGUGCUCCUUGACAACAUCGGUCUGCUUUUCUUCCUUCAAUGCCUUCCACUGGCUCCCCUUUCACCCGAGUGAGUAUAACUCGUCGUCCCGCACUCUCAGUUUACUAAAUCGCUCAUAAUCCACAGAAUAUUUUAACAAGACAUACUUUUUUCCUUCCCCUUUCAAAAAAUUAUAUUAACUGUGCCUCUUUGGUGUUGGUGCUGCAAUUUGAAUUGUAAUAUCGCGUUACUUACACCUGUUUCCCACAUGCUUACACUGAAAGAAAAUUUGUGACACCCUUUUCCACCCCUUUUGCCUUGGAAUUCGUCCAAAUGAGCAUUUUUAAUUGUGAUGUUUCUCUCUACCUAGGUUGGCUCUCCUAAAACUAGUUUCGAAGAACGAAGCACAUGAUUCUGCGCUCAUGACAACUGUAUGUAUGCAUGAAGUAAAGUGCUCACUAAAAUAAAUUUGGAACAAUAUUUGAGAGAAAUCGGUGAUUUUGGUAUAUGGAUGAUGGCUGUUGUGAUUUCAGAUUUUAAACACUUGUAUUUUUGGUUUAGUACGUGCGUUAUACUGGCGCACGGAACAGAUUUUAACAGGAAAGGCCAAAUACACAAUCCGAUUUGAACAAACUAUUUUACACGCACCUCUUUACAACUAUAUUUAUUGAACUUGGCUCCAUGUUCCUCCCUCCUUGCAUGAGGUUUCCUCCUUGCCUCCUUUCAUGGUAGUUUUGACUCGUUGAGGCAUUAUAACAUUGGCUUAGCUUGCAUUUUGUGUACAAGCAUCAUGCAUGCCAUGCUGUAUGUAGGCUUUACAAUUUGUAAUUAUAGAUUCUAAUGUAUAAAUGCUCUUACAUUUAAGAAUUAAGGUUUUAAGAUGGUUCUAUGGUAGACUUUUGGGAAACCACUGUUUUUAUUGUAACAUUUGCACAAUCAGUCACAGAAUGGACUCUGAACUUGACUGCGCUACUUUUUCUUAUUUACUGUAGGUCAGAAUAUUAUCAUUAGUGGUUUAUUCAUUUAGGACAUCCUUGCAAUACAAGUGUUCUGUUUUUGUUUUAAUUGCCUCUAUAGGUUUUUAUGAUCCUGUAUGUUAGGCAACUGCUGUAAAACUGUGAUCUAAUAUGAGGCGUACUGUGCGGUCCCUACAAAGGAACCUGGAUUUAAACGUGUAUAAUAAUCAUCUGUAAAAACUUAAGACUAUCAUUAUUGAAUUCUGAUAAUGAUUGUAGAUGCAUUACAGAGGUUGUGUUUUCAGGUUAAUAAAGAUCAUAUUUGAA